AUGAUAACUACAAUUGUGAAUGACUUUUGCAUGAUGAAUAUGCUGUUCAGAUUAAUUCUUUUUGCCUUCAUUAUACAAAUCCAUCAUAUCGUUGAUAUCAAUGCAACUGGUUUCAUGAAUAAUGAACCUGAAACUGUUGAUGUAACAUCACAACCAGAUUCAACUGAUGCGAUUCAUGACGACAAUGUAACACCGUCAUUAUCAGAAUUAUCAUCAUCGUUGAUUUCUAGUGCGGCUGAUACUUUAGAAAAUCACACGAAUACUGCAGAGACAAAUUCGUCUACAAUACAUCCAAAUGUUACCUAUGUGAUUUUGCCAACUGAAUUUUAUUUGGGUCAAACAAAUUUAAUCACUGUAAGAAGUCGUGAACCAAUGACAAAAUUACGAAUUUCAAUGAAUGUCACUGAAUUACCAACCACAAUUGAAGAUCAUAAUCAAGUGUAUCAUUUACAACAAUUGAACACAACUGAAUCUUGGUAUGGUUUAGAUAUUCCAUAUGAAAUACCAUUUUUAUUUACACAUACUGAUUCUCUAUGGGUGAAAUUAAUAUUUAAUUUUACGCAUUGUUUCACCAAUGGUAACGAGUCAUGCACUGAAUUUAAAACCACUGAAGUGAUCAAUUCCAUUGAAUUAAAUCAACCGCCAAUUAUAAUUCUCGGUGAAACGGAUAAACCAAUUUAUAGACCAGGUGAAAAUGUACGUUUUCGUUUUUUAACAUUAAACUUAAAUAGUUUAUCACCGAAAUCAAGUAAUCUUCCAUUACCAGAGAAAAAAUUACUCAUACAAAAAGGUCAUAAAGGUCAUUUAGUUGAAAUGAAUCAUUUUGAACAAAUUAAAUGGCAUAAUAUAAUUUAUGAUCAAAUUAUUAUUACUGAUCCAAUGGAUAAUACUGUGAAACAAUGGUUCAAUCUGUCACCUCAACAAGUUAUUAAUUUGAAUUACCCAUUAUUGAAUAAUGCCAAAGAAGGUAAAUGGCGAUUACGUGCUAUCGUUAGAAAUCAUUUCAAAGAGAAUAUUGAAUUUACAGUGAAAAAGUAUAGUUUGCCAAAAUUCAUUGUUUCAUUAACAGCACCAAGCGCUGUUAAUUUUGAAUCACAGUAUGUUCAAUAUUCUGUAUGUGCAAAAUACACUAAUGGGCCACCAUUGAAAGGCAAUGCACAAACCAUCUUAUGUGUUUGUAAUGAUUAUAUUUGGGAGAAUCAAUUUCAUCAAUUAGAUGAUGAACAGACAGUGGACUCGAUUUUAACUACACCUCAAUGUCCAUUCGAUGGGUAUGAGACAAAAACUCGUCCAUGUAUUAUCACCAGUCAACCAUUAGAAAUGGAUGGUUGUGCACAAUUCAAUGUAUCCACUGAGAAAUUCGCUUUCUCUACGAAUAAAUAUUUUAAAUGGAAUCAAAUUAGUAUUUUAUGCACACAAGUAGAAGAAGAUGCAACUGGUUCCAAAUUGUACAAUUGUUUAAAAGGUGAUCAAAUUGAAAUGAAACAGACAAAUUUAAAAUUAGACUUACCAAGUGUGUAUAAAUCGAAAUUACCAAUUAAUGGUAAAGUGAAAUUGGCCAAUUUUGAUAAGACUAAGAAUUAUAGUGUGAAGAUUUCUGUAUCCGAUCAAAAAUGGGGUUGUUAUUGGCGUGAUACCGGAGAGGUGGGUGUUGAACAUUAUUUAAACAUCAUAUCAAUUAAUUCAACCGGUGAAGCUAUCGUACAUAUACCGCCAAUCACAUCACAACAUCCAGUAUCAAUUCAAGCGGAAUUAUUACAAUUGUCAAGCAGUUCAUCCAUCAAUUCAUCAUUAUCGAAUGAUGUCAAUUCAAUUAAUGCAGACUCACCUAAUUUCUUUUAUUGGCCAUAUACACCAUUGAUACAGGAUAAGAAAAUUAUUGACAAUGUAGUUUUAAGAUCAUGGGAUUCAGUGAGUCAGUUGUAUUUACAAUUAUGGCCACCUAAAGAUAAAAUAGUGACAACAUGCCCAAAUUUAAUUAAAUUAACAUUGUUAUCCAAUACACGUUUAUCAAAUAAAGCUAUUUUUAUCGAGUCAGUAGUUAGAGGUAAACAUUUGAAAAUUGUUCUGCCAGCAAUCGAUAAAAUAUCAUCAUCCGAUGGUUUGGUCAAUGAUGACAAUUGUAUUGAUCGAGACGAUGAAUUAGGUCAUUACAAGUGUGUCAGUUGGAAUUCAACCGAAAUCGAAUGUUUACCUGGUUGGAGUGGUGAGAAUUGUUUAGUGCCAGUUUGUGCUUUAGAAUGUAGUAAAAAAGGUGGAUUCUGUUCAAAACCAAAUCAAUGUCAAUGUAAAAACGGCUGGACCGGAGCUACUUGUGACCAAUGUGUUAAACGUGACAAUUGUUUACAUGGUAAAUGUUUACUUGGUGAUGAUUGUGUUUGUGAUCCUGGCUGGGCUGGUUAUUUAUGUGAUUCUAAAAAGGUGAUUUAUGAAAAAUUUGAAGAUAUCAUUGAUCCAAAUAGUACAAAGAGUGUAGAUCAAGAAACCACUGGCCAAGAUUUAGAUAAACGUCAUGCAACUACACCCACACCUUCAAACUAUACAAAACCAAUUCGUACACUUUAUCAACGAAAUAUAGAAUUUGAAAUUGAUGGUUCAUGGGGACCGAAAUUCACCGCUGUUCUUUAUAUUCAUGAUCAACAUGAAGAAACGACACCUGAGAUUGUGUCAACACAAAUUAUCGUUGAACAAAUUGGCAAUUGUUCCAGUGAUGCUAUUGCACUGGAAUCGAAAUCGAAGAGUACUAAUUUGAAAUUUAGUCAGAGUAUAGCAGAUCCUGGUGAAGCAAUUCAAAUGACUAUUACGCCACAAGGUGUGGAAAAACCAAAGUAUAACUGUCAUACGAACUCAGCAAAACCUGUUCAUAGCGAUCAGAACAGCAGAGGUCAGUUAUUGAAUGAAUUAUGCUUUGUUCGAAUCUCUGACACAUCGUUGGACAAUUUUCAAGGUGAUAAAAAUUUAGUCAAUUUGAAAUAUUUCACUGAUAAAUUAAUUGAUUAUUCUAUGCUAAAUGGAUUUCGACCAUUAGUGGCUAGUUCAACACAAGAAGCAUUUUUAGCUGCUGGUUUUCAACUUGGUUCAACUUAUCCAGAACCGAUUUUUGCUAAUCGUAUCUAUCCAUGUCCUUAUUUAGCGUUUUCAAAUGCUGUUGUGAUGGAUAGUGAUGGUGGUGUCCCACCUAGAGCGCCAUUACCGGUAGCCCCACGAUAUAAAAGUUUCCGCAAUACAAUGAAACCACGAUUAAGAGACUUUUUCCCUGAAGUAUGGUUAUUCGAUGUUAUACCGCUUAGUGACGAUACACCAGCACAGAUUAACAACGCUGACAAUUGUAAUGAAAAUGAGAUUAAGAAUAUUGAAUCAGAUGGAAUGAACAAAUUAAGAAGCAUUGCAUUGAAUCUCACUGUACCAGAUACUAUUACAACUUGGAGAGCAUCAGCCUAUUGUACAACAAAACAAAAUGGUCUAUGGAUUGGUCAACCACAAAUGUUAACUGUAACUAUGCCAUUCUAUGCUGAGAUCACAUUACCGAAAGAAAUGAAACGUGGUGAAAUUGUACACAUUCCUGUAAGUGUAUUUAUCUUAGAUAGGAAAUAUUUACAUCAAUCGAAUGAUAAUUCGGAUGUGACAAACGAAUGCUAUGAAAUUUCUGUUCAAAUUGAAGUAGACCACAAUGAAUGGUUAAUCACUACAUCAAAUGUAUUCGGUGGAUGUUUAUGUUCUGGUGAGAAAAGAACUUAUCUAGUCGGUUUAUUACCACAAAAAUUAGGUCAAUUAAAUGUGACUGUUGAAUCAUAUGCUAUAAGAAAUAAUGAAUUUUGUCGUCAAAUCAUGCCAACAGAUAAUGACAAUCAACAUACAUUGGUAUUUAAAUCACUUAAAACAAAAGAUAAAACUAUGCAACCGAAAUUAUUAUCUGAUAAACUUCGUCGUCAAAUCAACGUUAUACCUGAAGGUAUUCAACGUGAAACAACUCUUAGUGAUAUUAUUUGUUUAAAUGAACAACAAAUUAAAUCAACGCGUCAAUUUGAAUUUACUGUGCCUGAACAUAUUGUCAAAGAUUCAUUGCAUAGUUAUAUAUCAUAUAGUGAUGAAGUAUUAGGACCGGCAUUAGUGAAUUUAGACAGUCUUGUACGUUUACCAACUGGUUGUGGUGAACAAAAUAUGAUAUUAGUUGCACCAAAUGUCUAUAUAUUAGAUUAUUUAACAUCUACACCAAAUAAUAAUAGAGAAGGCGAUUUAAAUGACAAGAAAGAAAAGUAUAUCCAAUCAGCACGAUCGAACAUUCUAGCAGGUUAUCGUCAACAAAUGAAAUAUCGUCGUGAGGAUGGAUCAUUUUCUGCAUUCGGUAAAUAUGACAAACAAGGUAGUACAUGGUUGACUGCAUUUGUAAUACGUGUAUUCGCCAAGGCUUAUCAAUUACAACCUGAUUCAAGUAUUGAUUGGAGCAGUUUAUUCCAUGGUGGUAUAGAUUUUCUAUUAAAGCAUCAAAAUCAUGAAAAUCAUGGAUGCUUUGAAGAAUCCGGUAAAGUGUUAUAUUCUCCAUUACAAGGAAUUAAUCAUGCAGAUGCAUCAGAAUGGAAGAGUAUUCUACUUACAAGUUAUGUUAAUCUAGCAUUAUAUCAAACACAAAUGAAAUUCUUGAAAAAAUCUGAUGAAGUUUUAGUCGGUAGUGGUGAUGAUGAUAAUUUACCAGCUAAUAAUUAUACUAUUCAAUUAGACAAAUCAUUUGAUGCUGCUUUUAAAUGUUUAAACAAUAAAUUGUUGAGUCUUGAUUCAUUUGAAAAAAUACCUACACCAGUGCUGGUUCAAUUAAGUUAUACUUAUACAAUCAUGAAACCACAUGGUAAAUGGACUGUGAAACUUCAAAAUGAAACAAUCAAUAGAAAACAAGUCAGCACUGAUCAAUUUGGUACGAAAAUAUUUUGGUCCGGUAAUGAUUAUGCAACUCAUAACAACAACAACAACAGCACAACCGGAAAUUCUGAUUCUAUCAUCACGGAAGAUUGGAGAAGUAGGGAACCACGUGAUUUAGAGUCAACAGCUUAUACAUUUUUAAUGUUAAAUCAAAUCAAUCAGUCAGUUAGUGAUUUAUUCCCAAUUAUUCGAUGGAUUAGUGCACAACAAAAAUCGAAUGGAGGUUUCUAUUCCACACAAGAUACAAUACUUGGAUUGGAAGCUAUAGCUGUAUUUGCUAAAAGAUUAGGUCUAUCAAAAACUGUGAAUUCCAAUUCUACAUCGUCGUCAUCAAAUGUGUUAUUUAUUUCAAACACAAUGAAUUUGAAUAAUUUCAAACUGAAUGAUGAAAUAACUCCGGAAAAAAGACAAGUUAUUAAUCAAAUUGAAUUGGAGCCAUCUCAUCUAAACCAGAAUGAAAAACUAAUCUCUUCUACUUGGGAAUUGAACAGUAAUCAAACACAGACAGAUUGUAUUUUAGUACAAAAUACAUUUAUAUACAAUUUACCUGAGAAGAAAGAUAUGAAUAAAAAGAUUAAAUUAUCAUUUGAUGUGAUUCAACAGAACAAAUUAUCCAAUGUCAAUUGUAAAUCAGCUACAUUGUCAAUGUGUUUACAAUUGAACAAUAUGAAAAAUGUAACUACCAUAAAUACUGGAAUGUUGUUGGUACGUGUUAGUAUGGUUACCGGUUGGGAACCAGCAAUAGACGAGUUGAAUUCACAACUGGGCUCAGAAGAUGACUCGUUAAAAAAAGUUACCAUUAAUGAUCAAAAUGAAGUUUCAUUAUAUUUUGAUGAAUUCUCUGAAAAUGAAGUCAACAAAUUCAAUGGUGAUUGGACAAAAUUAAAACGAUGCGUCAAUGUCCCAUUAAAACAAACACAUUAUGUACAGAAUGCUAAAACCGCCACAAUCACAGCAUUAGAAUAUUAUACUCCAGAUGAAAGUGUUACAGUCAGUUAUCAAUUAGAUGAAUGCAAACAAGAAUGGAUUAUACCUUCUACAAAUGAAUCAUCAACGCAAGAGGUCACAGAAACUAUCACGACUACUGAGAGCAUUUUAUCAAAUGUCACAACUGCUUCACCAAUGAAAACACUUUGUCCAAUAUGCAUAGAUCAAGUGAAUGAUAUAAAACAACUUACUGACGAAGUAUUUACAUCAGUAUGUAAUUAUUCCGAUGGUAUAUUCUUGAUAAAAGUUAUCGGAUUGGAUAAUGGUAUUUUAAAUGUUACACUAAUUCAAAUAUCACCAUCUCAUUAUGUAACCAGUUGGAAUACAACCAUAUUAAUACCUAAUUUCACUCAAUGUCCAUGUCCACUACUUCAAACACACAAUAACUUGGUAUUAUUUUUCAAUAAAAGUACAUUGUUCUACCCUGGUGAUCCUCAACUUAACUUGAACACAGUGGAUACAAAGGUGACAAUUGUAUCCAGCGAGGAAGUGUUACCUAGUUUGAAAUUAGCCCAUAAAAAAUGGACCAAUAUGUCAUCUGCAGAUUCUGAUGAUAAUUUCUAUCAUUUUGAUUUAUUUAGUUAUAAUUGUAAACGAUUAUCAAUGUUCAUUAAAUACAUUGAAGCGAAAUUUCUUAUUUGA